GUUCUGGCGGUGGCUGAAACCCGCGAGGUGCCGGACCGCGGGGGGGGCAGCCCCCCCCAGGACGAGCCCCGCCGGGUCUUCUUCCUGGACAUGGACCGGUGGCGGUGGGAGGAGCUGACCCGUCUGCCGGAGGACGUCCCCCCCCACGGCUCGGCCAUGUGCACGCUCUACAACUACCUGUUCGUGGCGGGGGGGGCGAGCGGCUCCAAGGCGUCGGACCGCGUCUUCUGCUUCGACCCGAGGACGCGGCGCUGGAGCCGGACGCGGCCGCUCGGCGAGCCGCGGUGCCAGCUGCGCCUGGUGUCCAUGGACGGGCACCUGUACGCCGUGGGGGGGGAGUGCCUGUUCACCGUGGAGCGCUACGACCCGCGCGCCGACCGCUGGAGCGCCGUGGCGCCGCUGCCCAAAGGCUCCUUCGCCGUGGCGCACGAGGCGGCGGCGUGCGGCGGCGAGCUGUUCGUCUCCGGCGGUUCGCUCUUCUACCGCCUGCUGCGCUACGACGUGCGCCGCGACGCGUGGGAGGAGUGUCCCUUCAACGAGAGCCGCCGCCGCUCCACGGACAUGGUGGCGCACGGCGCGCUCGUGUACCGUUUCGACGUGGAACGCGAGCGCGGCGCCGUGAGCGUGCACAAGUACAACACGGCGGCGAAGGCGUGGCACGGCGGCGCCAGCUUCCCGCUCGCGGACACGCUGGCGUUCCGCUGCGCCGUGCUGGGGGGGCGCAUCUACUGCGUCAACAGGAGCCGGACGCUGCAGUUCGACGUGGGGGGGGAGAGCGAAGGCUUCCUGCCCGACGUCCUGCCACCCCCGCCGGACGCCAGGGGGGCGCUGACACCCUUCGUCCUCGCCCUCUGAACCAGACUGGGGGGGGGCGGGGACCCAGACUGCUGAUCCGUCCCCAUGUUUCAUCAAGUUUAUGUCAGAAGUUUGGGAUUCUUGGGAAAAAUCUGAAAUA